ACGACUUUAAACCAAAAGUGGACUUGAGUUAUAUAGGACAAAAAUAUGGUAUCUGUUAGUUUUACAACUUUUUUAACAUUAGUAUUAUUAUAUAACGUUUUAUCUUUAUCCUUUGCUGUAGAUUGUCCUUCACAUAUCAGUAGAUGUGAAUGGUUUCCAUGGAAUGCAUGGUCAGAUUGUAGCCGCUCAUGCGCAGGGGGGACUCGUAAGCGAGACCGGCUGUUUUGUUGUAAUGCCGAACUCGUCCAUGAAAUGAGACUAUGUAUGGCUGACUGCAAUAUGGACUAUGAUUAUCACAGUCAAUUCUUUGACGAAAGCGAGAGCUGUAAUACAUACUGUUAUAACGGUGGAACUUACAUAUUAAAUGGAUAUUGUUCUUGCACAAACAGAUACAAAGGACAAUGUUGUAAAGAUGAGGUAAAAUGUGGACGGCCUAGCUCCAUUUUAAACGGCGAUUUCUCAACGAAUGACGACAGGUAUACUUACAAUGCAAGAGUUACCUAUAAAUGUCUGCCGCGUUAUGGUUUGAAAGGAAAUUAUCAAAGAACCUGCACUAGAUAUGGAUCCUGGUCUGGGAGUUCUCCAACUUGUCUGUAUGCGGUAUCUUGUAAUAGUAGCCCUUGUAAGAACGGAGCAACAUGUACUAAUAUGUUAGGCGGUUACAAGUGUGUGUGCGGUAAAGGGUGGACUGGAAACAUUUGUGACGUUGAUAUUCAGCCCCCAGUCGUUAUGCGAUGUCCUGGAGACAGGAUGAUAAUUACAGAAAAUAUGACAAGCUUACAAACAUGGCAUGAACCCGUGUUUGAGGACCCUCACGGUACACCUGUUCAUAUCACGAAGAAUUAUCAAACAAAUUCGCACGAGUUUCCAUGGGGAGAGUUUUACAUACAUUUUGCAGCAGUGAAACCGUCAAAUGGUUAUCGGACUGAAUGUAAAUUCAAAAUUUCAGUUAAACCGCGACCGUGUAAGGAUAUGGAGCCUCCAGCUAACGGUAUUGUUGUGUGUAACAACUGGACAACAGAUUAUACCAGAGCAUGUGUCUUUGUUUGUAAAGCUGACUACACUCUGCCACCAGGAUCUAAACCGGACCAUUUCUAUAUCUGCGGAGCAACCGGAAAUUGGCUGCCCUCAACGCCCGUCAAGAAAUGUUAUUCAAAAAAAGUGUUUCCCAGCAACAACAUCAACACAUAUUCAACGUGUACUGAACAGGGAGACAGAGAUUCCAUAGGAAAAUUCUACAUUGCUCUUCUCAAGAAAUCUGGAUUUAAUUCAUUAUGUGAGCACUAUCCGAAUGAUUGUAAAUCCGAAAACGUUUCCAUCAAAUGUUAAUAAACGUAACAACUUUGCGAAAGUAUAAUUUUAUUAAUAAAUGCAACUAUAAUAGACAAAAACAGACAAAGACAAACAGCUUUCUUAAUAAAUAAAAUGUGAUAAAAUAUACAAAUGCACAAUAUAUCUGUUUAUGUCCCAUUUCUAAUCCGAUUACAUCGAUCAUUCAGUGAGUGCACAUGGACGCUAUAUCGGGACGUCGAUGGUAAGUGGUGCUUAUGCUAUAGCAGUUGCUAUCAAUAAACCAGAGUCUCAAAACUUUGACAUGUGUGCAUUAGCGUUUGUGUUGUUCUUUAAAUCAUAUACAUGCAAUUUUUAAAGAUCCUGUAUGUUUUGUGAUUGAUAUUGUUACUGUGUGUAUACUUUUUUUUGUGUUUUAAGUUUUAUUUAAACUGGGCGCCGGUUUCCCAUAUGUCCCAGACUAUCGGCCUCUGGAGCCUGCAACGGAGGACUUAUUUCGCCUGCAACGUCGUCGAUCGUAGAGCCCUAACGGAGGUCUUUUCAUGCCGUCUUUCGUCGUAGAUCUUCUCUAGGACCCAGUUCCUCGCUUCCUGAACGAUGGUACACAAUAGAGGAAAGGCACCUCUUCCGGGAGCAGCAGCUCUCUUUAGGGCCACACCCUUCGCCAUUGGUUAGGUCACACCAGCUAGUUGAACUAACUAGGUCACCCAUCUGGUGUGACCUAUGCCUUCCGAGCGACGUGCACGCCGCGAAGGGACGUCGGAAGAUGACUGUGUGUAUACCACACUUGCAAAAAAUUAUAUAUGUAUAUAAUUAUGCAAAUAAAACAAUUUUCAAACAUCAAAGAAUAUGUAAAAUGUGUACUGUAAAAAUUUGUUCACAUUAUAUUUAAAUCAAUAAAUUAUAUGCAUUCAUUUCUUA